AUUGCCAAUGACUUUUCUGUUAUUUCAAUUUGCGAAUGUCGUGACCCAGUAUGGUACCGACUCGGAUUACUCUUUUACUGGGAUUCCUUUUACUUUGCAAAAACGUCAUUCCGGCGGUUGAAGCAUCCAACUGUGGAAAAUUCUUAUCUAGAUAUGUCUUUGAGAUCAGUCCAUCCAGCAACGAUAUUGUACGGCUCGCGAAGAUCACGGAAAAAAUACGUUCGGCUGUCGUGAAGCGACCCAAAGUGGAUGGCCGCUCUGUUCAUGUGAUGAUAAAGCCAGAGGAUUUUGAAAAUUUUUAUGGAAUCGCUCAGGAGGAAAAUAUAUAUCUGAAUCAUCGACAUAUUUGCAUCGAUCCCAAGGAAUUGAAUGAUCUUUUACCCAGGGAAAACAGUGCUGGAUUGAAUUUGAAUUCUGAGACUAGCGUUCUACAUCCUUUAGGUAAUACAAGGUAUUUCAGUACGAAACGUGAGAAAAAAUUGCGUCGCUUUUCCAAGUCUAAGACGGGUAAUCUUGUUCGGACGUCUUUGUGGAAUGAUUGGAAACAAUUUGACGAGCUUCUGUCUUCUUGGAAAGAAGGGAUUGAAAAUACUUUAAGAAAAGCGGAAAGGAAAUAUAAUGAAAUUAAACGGAUGAAGUUUGGGGCUGAUAAUUAUACUGAUAUUUUUUCAUCCUCAAAGAUGUCUUUAUUAGGUCCUACGACGUCCGUCAAUGAUACUAAUUCUCGGACAACGGAUGUUGUAUCGAUGCAGCCGCAUUUUACUACGGAUUUUAUGGAUUAUGCACCAAGAGACAGGAUGAUGAUGGGACUAGUCACGACUUCUGGUGUUAGGAAUACGAAAGGCCUUUGGAAAUCUGUGAAAUAUACCACGUGGGCGCCUAAGGAUCUCGAGGAGUGGAGAAGGAAACAGACAUUUCAGAUUCGGAACGUUCUUGCUACUACGGUUUCAAGUAAUAACAGUUUGGCUAAGAAAAAGAAAGGAGGUAAGAAGAAAAAUUCGGAUAAAAGGCGAAAUGCUGAUAAAGAUAAAAUGGUUGAGAAAACGUAUAGAAAUAGGGCAGUUACUAAAAAAAUGCCAGUGGCUGUCAAAGCGACAACUAGAAAGAGUGUGAAAAAUCAUAAGACUACGAGCGCUCCGCGUGGGAAAAAGAAAAAACAAUCAAAAUCUACGACCGUUAGGACCAAGGUGUCCUCCAGAAAACCAAAGUUAAGUGAAUCAGAGAAGGAUAAAAAACGCAUGCACGGUAGUAAAGCGAGUACGAAGCAUUAUUCGAACAGACCUACGACAAGGAGUCCAAAAACGGAUAAAAUUUCGAAAAAAGGCCAGAACAAGAAGCCCAAAAAUAAACGAACCUUCGUGUUUAAAAAUUCGACAAUCAGUCCAUUUAGAAGUACGACUGCUUCAAAUAGGGACGGUUGGGAGAAAAGGAACGUCAUAAGUCGUACCUCAAUGAAACCAAGAAAUAUGUCAAAAUCUUCAGGUGAGAAAAAGUAUAAAAAUUCGACAGGAAUGCAUGAGAAGCAUCAUCAUUUUAGAAUGAAGAGGGAUAAUUGGCAUUUUUUGAGGCAUAAUGUCGAGAUAUAUAAACCGGAAUCUCAUUGUCCGCCUCCUGAGAGUGCAGUAGGUUGUGGAGACGACAAUGAAUUUACGACUAAAUUACCUACUACGGCAGGUCUAGUAAUACCAUCUGGAGAAGGAACAGCUACUGUGGAACCAAUUGAGCCGGAUUUUACACCUACACCACCUGUACCUCCGCCAGGACUAGAGCCAUUUCCACCUCCUUCGCCAGAUGUUAGUCCUGAACCUCUUCCUCCUGAUACUCCGCCAGAUCUUGAUCCUGAAUCUUCUCCACCUACUCCUUCGCAAAUUUCAGACGUGCCUUCUUCGCAACCAGGUCCUGAUCCUGCGCUUCCUGAACCUCCAGUCUUUGUAGAAUAUUUCCCUACGCUUCCUAAUCCUCCAUUCUAUCAAGAUUAUGACUCUAAUUCACCUGUUCCUCCUCCAGCUUUAAUCCCAGGCUCAAUAGGUCAAUCUUCCGGAGCACAGGGAUACACGCCACCAGAAAUUGGUGGAGUAGAUAUUUCUAUAGUACCAAUACCUGGUGCGCCCGGUACACCUGGCAUACCUGGCUUACCCGGUGGGCCUGGCCAAGCUGGUGGAGCUGGUAGCCCUGGUGGACCAGGCGGACCUGGUCAAGCUGGUGGAACUGGUGGAGCUGGUGGAGCUGGUGGAGCUGGUAAACCAGGUGGAGCUGGUACCCCUGAUGAACCAAGCGGACCUGGUCAAACUGGUGGAACUGGUGGAGCUGGUAGCCCUGGUAAACCAGGCGGACCUGGUCAAGCUGGUGGAGCUGGUAGCCCUGGUGGAGCAGGCGGAGCAGGCGGACCAGGUCAGUGGUACAUUCCUCCUGAAUAUGCAUUAGGAGCGAGUGCAUCUACUACUCAACGAACGACGCAACGUUAUAAAGAACCUAAUUCGAUAACAAGCGACAAGGAUGAGUACACUUCCAUCACUUGUGAUACUCCUAUGCUGUCAUAUUCUGGAGACGUAGCAGACUACAUACAAGGCAACGUACCGACAGAAAACACUUCCAAAAACCCUAAGGCACGAGCUAGCAAGAAGACUCAUCGACUGAAAAAAAAUGGUGGCCAUGUGAAGCAGUGAAAGGCAUAAAAUAAAAAAUCGAUCUUUUAAAAGAAAA